AUGUCUACUGACAAGAUUACUUUCCUCACCAACUGGCACGCGACGCCCUACCAUGCUCCUUUGUAUCUUGCUCAGAGCAAGGGUUUCUUCAAAGAGGAAGGCUUGAAGGUUGCUCUGCUGGAACCCAACGACCCCUCCGAUGUCACCGAGAUUAUCGGCAGUGGCAAGGUCGACAUGGGAUUCAAAGCAAUGAUCCAUACCCUCGCUGCUAAAGCUCGGAACUUCCCAGUGACCUCGAUUGGCUCCCUCCUUGAUGAGCCCUUCACUGGUGUUGUGUACCUUAAGGACAGCGGAAUCACCGAGGACUUCCGCUCCCUGAAGGGAAAGAAAAUCGGCUACGUUGGGGAGUUUGGAAAGAUCCAAAUCGACGAGCUCACCAAGUACUACGGCAUGACCGCUGACGAUUACACUGCUGUUCGUUGCGGUAUGAAUGUCACAAAGGCCAUAAUCCGCGGCGAUAUCGAUGCCGGCAUCGGCCUCGAGAACGUGCAGAUGGUCGAGUUGGCCGAAUGGCUGGUGUCUCAGAACAGACCCCGCGAUGACGUCCAGAUGCUCCGUAUUGAUCAGCUCGCCGAACUGGGUUGUUGCUGCUUCUGCUCCAUUCUUUACAUCGCCAACGAUGCUUUCCUGGCAGCCAACCCCGAGAAAGUAACGAAGUUCCUGCGAGCUGUGAAGCGUGCCACCGAAUACGUCCUCGCAGAGCCCGCGAAGGCCUACGAGGAGUACAUUGAUGUGAAACCCAUUAUGGGAACACUUGUCAACCGCAAGAUCUUCGAGCGAUCUUUUGCCUACUUCAGUCGUGACCUGAAGAAUGUCUCUCGGGACUGGGCCAAGGUGACCAACUACGGAAAGCGUCUGGGUAUUUUGGAGGCCAACUUCGUGCCUAACUACACCAAUGAGUACCUUUCCUGGAAACUGGAUGGGGACUCCAGUGACCCUCUCGGCGACCAGAAACGCAUGGCUGAGCUGCAGCAACAGGUGGCCGUUGAGGGUGGCUUUAGACGCCUUGAGGUCUCUUCGUCGGCUUAA